AUGGUACAGUCCUUACCGAGGGAAUGUCUCGAAGAAGUAUUUCAUCUACUUCAAAAUGACAAAGCUUCUUUACACGCUUGUCUUCUGGUCAACCGAUUUUGGUGUUCAAGUGUAGCUCCUUUCCUAUGGAGGCAUCCUUUUAAACUUGCCAAAAAACCUUGUCCGGAACUCAUAGAAAUAUAUACCUCUUUAUUUGAUAAGCGAGUUAAAUGUGAACUCAAAGUUGAAGGGAUCAAUAUACCAAUUUUAACUGGACCAAAAGUAUUUGAUUAUCCAAGUUUUCUACGUGGCUUUCGUUUUGACGAUCUAUAUGAGUCAACUUCAGCUUGGUUACAAGACGGUUAUGAUAAAGGGCGACAAAUUAAACGAGAAUCCGAGGUUUUUGACGAUCUUCGUGUUAUUAAAAUAUUGGUAAAUGAACUUUGUAAAUUAUUUUUUAGUAAAACACGGGUUAUCGAAUCUCUUUCACUCAACACCCAACGUCUCGUUGGCUUGAUUGAUCGUCGAUUUUGGUCACAUCAUCCUGGUGAUAUACAAUAUACACCUACUAGCUUUGAGGAUUUUCGUGGUGCCUAUGGGUUUGAUGAUCUUCUAAAAUUACCUUCAUAUUUUGGUGCAAGCGCUUGUUUACCUUUCUUGCAAAAGUUUGAGUAUGGAGGUGAUGCAACUGAUGGAAAAAUUAUGGAAGUUUUAUCAAUGAUUUGCAAGAAUCUUGAUACUCUUGAAAUAAGUUUUUCUUCAUGGCAAAGGAAACAUGCUGACCCAAUGAUGAUGUUAAGUCUUUUACAGGCUCAACAUUCAUUGAAACGUGUGGUUCUUCGACGUGGUGGAUCAAAUUGUCUUCCUGUGCUAAUAGAAGGCUUGAAAAGUCAAGCAAAUUCGUUAAAUUAUUUAGAGUUUAACGGAGCUGAUUUUCGAAUUUCUGUUUCACUUGAAGCUCUAUCAUAUUGCGUUAAUUUGGAAACGUUAAUAUUUGAUAGAUGUCUUGGAUUGUCUGAUGAUAUCGUAGAACCUUUAUCAACUGCAACAUUUAGCCGACUAAAGAAAUUUGUGUUCAGGAAGAGUAUUGGAUUUCGAGAUUUACGUACUAUUCUUGCUCCUGCUGGUCAAAAUAUUCCACCACCUAAUGCACCUUUUCCUGUCAUGCCAGUGCCUUCAAUUUCAUCAAUACAACCAAAAAGAAUAUCAUCACUUAAUCAUCCACUUGCACUUAUGAUCCAAAACACUGCUGGAAAUUUGCAAGAUAUUCGAUUAGGUAAAAAAGUUUGGAAUGUUAGACGGCCGCUAGGAAUAGUUGCAAGAGGUGUAGGUGAUUUUCCACCACCAACAGUUCUUUCAACGAUUUCAAUGUAUUGUCCUAAAUUAGUAGUAAUUGAGACACAUGUAAGCAGAGAAACCCUUCCAUAUUUUCAAGCAGUUCUUGAGACAUGUAUACAUAUAGAACAAAUGCAUAUAUCGAUCGGAACCGAAUUAAUGGAUGAUGAAGUAUUUUGGAAAGACAUGUCAUUAAGAUUACCUGUAAAAUUAAGAAAUCUAAUGAUCGUUAUCGAAGGAACAUUUUUGGUUGAUGGUGUUACAUUGGCUACUGGGAAAUUAAGUAAUUGUAUUGAUGAUGAAUAUUUGUGUAUCAUUACACAGUAUGCAAAGAGGAUCGGAACGCUGAAACGACUGGCGCUGGCAAAACGUACAAAAGUUACUUCUGAAGGGAUGAGAAGAGCAUUGAUGGUUUUAGAAAGUGUUACUAAAACUGGCGAGUGGAUUGAUAAUGAUGACAACUUGAGAUAA